CCGAGGUCGCCUUUGUCGUCCCUCGCUGCUCGCUGCUCGCUCCUCUCCCCGUCUCCCCCGUCUCUUAUAAUUCCGGGGAAAGAACCUCGCUUCUUUUUCGACUUUUCCGAUUGUCGCGUGUCUCGAGGUCUUCAGUGAUCACUUCAUUUGAUUCUUCUCUCCAUUUCAAUCUCAGAACUUCACCAUCCACUACAUAACACACCACACAUCAUGUUGGGUCGUUGCGGACGACAGGCUUCGCGCCUGCUCCCGCGCACUGCGAAGCCGGCCUUCGUGCUCCCUCGUCCUAUGCGCUCGGCGGUCGCUUCUUUUCCUUCUAUGCCUGUUCAAUCUCGUUCUGUUUCCUCCUCCAGCCCUGAAGUCCAACAAACUUUGCUUUCCGCCCACCUCGAAGAGUCCGACCCCGCCAUCUACCAGAUCCUCCAGAAGGAGAAAAAACGCCAACAACAUUUCAUCAAUCUCAUCCCCUCCGAGAACUUCACCUCCCAGGCCGUCCUCGAUGCCUUGGGCAGUGUUAUGCAGAAUAAAUACUCCGAGGGGUAUCCUGGAGCUCGGUACUACGGAGGCAAUGAGUUCAUCGAUCAGUCUGAGCGCCUCUGUCAGCAGCGAGCGCUGGAGACCUUCGGUCUCAACCCGGAAGAAUGGGGCGUGAACGUGCAGCCUCUGUCCGGCUCCCCUGCCAACCUGUACGCCAUCUCUGCCGUCCUGAACACCCACGAUCGCCUGAUGGGUCUCGACCUGCCCCACGGCGGACACCUGUCCCACGGCUACCAGACCCCCACCAAGAAGAUUUCUUUCAUCUCGAAGUACUUCGAAACUCUGCCGUACCGGUUGGACGAGUCGACGGGUCUCAUCGACUAUGACAGCCUUGCGAAACAGUCUCUUCUCUACCGCCCCAAGAUGAUCAUCGCCGGUACCUCGGCCUACAGCCGUUUGAUCGACUACGCGCGCAUGCGCGAGAUCGCCGACGCCGCCGGUGCGUAUCUGCUCAGCGAUAUGGCGCACAUCUCCGGUCUGGUCGCCGCGGGCGUCCUCCCCUCGCCGUUCACCCACUCCGACAUCGUGACGACCACUACACACAAGUCCCUGCGCGGUCCGCGCGGGGCGAUGAUCUUCUACCGCAAGGGUGUCCGCCGGACGGACAAGAAGGGCAACAAGGAAAUGUACGACCUCGAGGGUCCGAUCAACGCCUCCGUCUUCCCCGGCCACCAGGGCGGGCCCCACAACCACACCAUCACCGCCCUGGCCGUGGCGCUGAAGCAGGCCCAGUCGCCCGAGUUCAAGACCUACCAGCAGACCGUGCUGGCCAACGCACAGGCUCUCUCGGAGCGACUGGGAUCGCCCCUCAGCAGCGGCGGACUGGGCUACAACAUCGUCUCCGGCGGCACCGACAACCACUUGGUGCUGGUGGACCUGAAGAACCGCGGGGUGGAUGGCGCGCGCGUGGAGCGGGUCCUCGAGCUGUGCGGUGUCGCCAGCAACAAGAACACGGUGCCCGGCGACCGGUCGGCGUUGAAGCCCGGCGGCCUGCGUCUGGGCACGCCCGCCAUGACGACGCGGGGCUUCCAGCCGGAGGACUUCCGUCGGGUGGCGGAUAUCGUGGACCGAGCGGUGGUCAUCACCCAGAAGCUGGACAAGGCCGCCAAGGAGAGCGCGACGGCCAAGGGCGUUAAGAACCCGAACACGGUCAAGGCCUUCCUGGACUACGUGGGCGAGGGCGAGGAGAUCUCGGAGAUCGUGCAACUGCGCCAGGAGGUCGAGGACUGGGCGGGCACGUUUAGUCUGCCGUGGGCUAAGGACGAGUAG